UUCCUGGUGUGGACUUUUUUUCCUCCUUGCUGAUAGUGGGUGGGGUCGCUUCCCCUGCAGCAGUAGCAGCGGCGGCAGCGGCAGUGAUAGCAGCAGUUUCAGCGAUGCUCCGGAUCCUCGGCAGAUGAUCGCCUCUGGGCAGGUCACGGUAUCCUCUCUCCUGGCCUUACCAGCCGGGAAGAGCUAAGUAGCCCAAGCGGGGAGCGGGGAGCGGAGAGUGGGGAGCGCAGAGUGGGGAGCAGGAAUUGGGGAACCGCACCGCGUAGGGCGGGAAAAGCGAGAAGUCCGGAGUCAGUCACCCCUCCCUGAACCCUGCAGGCUGACAGACAGCCCCGCCCGUCUCUGCAGCAUGGCUUAAGGCUGCAGUAUCCUCUAUGGGUUCUACUCAGGGCUGACGGGCGAGGCGAGCCCGGGAGAAGAUCUUGCACCUUUGUACUGCAAUUGCAGCCUUUUUUGCAAAGCAGAAUUUGCACCCUUGCAGGGCAGGUUGCACACUUGCAGACUUUUUCAUCCCAAAAAACAGCACUGACCCUGAACUUUGGGUCUGGUUAAAUAGGGUGGGUGCUUUUCAAUAAAGUAAAAACUUAGCGGUCGUGAGUGAGCAAGGGGCAGCACAGGCAGGAGCUCCUUCAAAGGAGCAAGAUCGUGCAGCCUAGCUCGUUUAGGUGGGAAGAUUAAAGGCAGGCACGAGAAAGGGUCCUUGAAUACAGGCAUCAUGGCUUGGCCGUGCAUCACCCGUGCCUGCUGCAUCGCCCGCUUCUGGAACCAGCUGGAUAAGGCGGACAUAGCGGUACCCCUGGUCUUCACCAAGUACUCGGAGGCCACAGACCACCCGGGUGCCCCGCCGCAACCGCAGCAGCCUCCGGCGGCGCAGCCGCAGCAUGCUCCCCCCUCGGCGCGCUCUGUUGCCAUAGAAACGCAGCCGGCCCCAGGCGACCUGGAUGCUGUUGCCCGGGCAACAGGGCCCAGCGGGGAGCGGGAGCCUGGGCCUCCCAGUGCCCAGGCCCAGGCCAAGGCAGCCGCCGGCCCGGGUCCGAGCCUCGGCCUGGGCCCGGCGGACUCCGUGAUGCGGCAGGACUACCGGGCGUGGAAGGUUCAACGACCCGAGCCUAGCUGCAAGCCACGGAGCGAGUACCAACCCUCCGACACGCCCUUCGAGAAGGAAACCCAGUACCAGAAGGAUUUCCGGGCGUGGCCGUUGCCCCGGCGCGGCGAUCACCCCUGGAUCCCCAAGGCGGCCCCGCCGCCCCCGCCGCAGUCGCUGCCUGCUCCGGCCUCGGCCUCCCUGGGCCAGCCCAAGGCUGAGGAGCGUCGGCGACGGCGGCAGCAGAGCCAGGAGCGGAAGUCCGCCGAGGCUUCUGCCCAGGCUCAAGCUCCAGGAGAUGAGGAGGGGGGCGGCGGAGGAGGAAGAGACCCCCCAGCUGGGAAGGCGUCCGGAUCAGACUGGUGGGAGGUGCGCAAGAAGGCGGGGCCCGCAUGGAUGCUGCGGCGGGCAGAGGGCCAGGGGCUGCAGGGGUCCGAGCAGCAGCCCCCCGAGGCCGGAGGCGGCAAAGGGAGGGCGGCGGCCGACGCCCUCAAUCGGCAGAUCCGCGAGGAGGUGGCGAGCGCUGUGAGCAGCUCGUACAGAAAUGAAUUCAGAGCGUGGACGGAUAUUAAGCCCGUGAAGCCUAUCCGAGCCAAGUCCCAGUAUAAGCCCCCGGAGGACAAGAUGGUUCACGAAACCAGCUAUAGUUCCCAGUUCAAGGGUGAGCCAAACAAGCCCACACCAGCAGAGAAUAAAGUCAUUGAUCGCAGAAGAAUCCGCAGCCUUUAUAGUGAACCUUUCAAGGAAUCAUCCAAGGUGGAAAAGCCCAGCGCUCCGACCCCCAAACCAAAAAAGACCCCGACAAGCCAUAAACCACUGAAAAAGGCCAAAGAGAAGCAGCUGACAUCUGGCCGGAGCACCAAGAAAAAGGGCCCAACAGCGAGCGGAGCCAGCGGGGCUGGGCCACAGGACAAGGAGCAAAGUAAAGAGAUGAACAAUAAACUGGCUGAGGCAAAAGAGUAAAUUUCCUUGCACCUUCCUUCCUUCCCCCUCUUCUCUCCUUUGGGUUUUUUUUCUUUUUUUUUUUGGCUGUUGUAGUUGACUUAUUUUAUUUUUUUUUAAUAAAGGCCACAAAAUUAAUUAGAGCUUCUAAUCUGCUUUGGUUGCAAACCUGUUAGAAGCUUUGGCGGGGAGGGAGAGGUGGGGAGGGGUUAUUGGUUUCUUUUCUCAUGGCUGGCUAGAAAGCCUCAUUGCUAAGAUCACAGAUUCCAUCAUGCUUCCAGCAUUCCAACCCACUCUAAACAUACAGGACCAGAAAGGGCAUGGGGCUCCAUAUACCUGUGCAAGCCUAUUAGUACCCAUCACUUCCAUCCCUGUUGGGAAUGGGAUUAGAAAGGAAGGCUGAAAAAGAUGUUCGAGACAAAACACAGAGGCAGGGCGCCAUUGACAGAUCACUGACCUGGAUUUGAGUCCUGGUUCCACCGUGAGGUUGGACAUGUCAUUUAUUCUUUCAGAGUCUUAUCUGUUAAAUAAGGGAGCUAGAGUAGAUUAUUUCUAUUAGCCCUUAAGAGUAUGACUUUCUAUGAUUCCUUAAUAUUUACUGAUUUCACAGGGAUCUUUUUGGCCCUUGUAGAAAUCUCCUGGUGCUGCUUCAAAGUAUCCACAGAAACUCCUUUUCAUGCUCAUUUUCAGGAGCUUUCAUGGAAAACAUGUUCAUUUCUCAAAUUCAGAUGAUUAUCAUGUGUUGCAAAAAGUGUCGGUAAUUGUGAAAAUAUAAUGAAUGAUCUCGGCCUUGAUAUAGAUCAAACUAAAUUAGUUACAGAUGUCAAGAUGCAUUAUGUUUUUAUAGAAGGCUCCGCUAGAAAAAUAGUUAUGUCUGCUUCCUGUAACUACCCUUGAAAUUCUGUGUCAAUAUACAAUGUGCUAAAUGAUUGAUUACAGGGAGCCAAUAUAAGAAUGUCUUAAGAAUAUCCUGGAAGUCAGUUUAAGUUCACCAGGGAACAGAGAUGGGAGCAGAUGUUUUCCCUAGUGACAGGAUAUUAGUUUGGCUCAGUGCCUCAGACUUUGCAGACAAAACCAACUUAAAAAGUAAUGAAACUAAAAGAAGAGUCCAAAAGUCAUUGCUUUAGAGCCUUUAGAAAGUGAUCAUCAUACCUCUUAGAAAAAGGUAGAAUAUAAUGUAAGGAUAGUAAUCAGAUUUGUGGUGAGUUUUUUUUUUUUAAUUUUCCUUCUUUCCAAACAUUUCUCCCUUCCUCAGGGAAGGAUGGACUUUGCUGAAGUAUCACUUUGUCGGAAAGUUUCUAGGACUUAGUUGGAGAUUGACAAUUGUAUGAUAAAAGUGGUUAGCAAGGGUUUGGGACCUAAAUAAUGACCCAGUGAAGAGCUUGGUGUAUUGUGUAACGUUUCUGUAUGGCUUGUGCCCCAAGUCUAAGGGUCACAUUUUUGAUGUCACAGUGGGAAUCAUUCCCAAGCUUAGCUUUAGAAUAUGAACUUGUUAGGGUGUCAAUGUGAAAAUACCUUCAGUACUUAGGAAGACACCAUGGAAAUCACCCAGGGAAACCAGGCCUUGGAACUACUUGAGCACAUAACCUAUUUGAACAUGCAUGCUUUCAUGGACCCCCAUCUCACUGAUUUCACUCAUAGUAAUCUUCAAAUACCCAAACCAAGGAAAGUACCUUAAUACUACUUGACAGCAAGCAUCUGCUGUUGGUUAUUUUGUGUUUUUUUUCCUCUCUCAUGCAAAUGAGGGAAACUUAGAUAUGUCUUAAUGAAAGUAGAAUAAAGUCCUCACAGUUCCAGUUCCUCAUUUCAAAUAAAUCCUUGGGUCCUUCCUGUUUCAAGGAAGUAGACCUUCACAAAACUCUCUGGGAUUCUUAACCUUAAAGUUAGAGCCUCUGUUUACACUUGUCUGUUUAUGGGUCAUGAUGAGUUUGAUUGUCCAACUUCUCAAAAAUUAACUAAGCAUUUAAAAUACCUAGUGACACUAAUGCCCUGUCAGGACCACUAGAUCCACCUUUUUUCUCAGGAUAUAGGAUUAUGAGGUUGGUAAAGAGCUACAGAAAAUAGACAGUGUUGGUCAAAAUCAGACCAUAAAUUCUGGUCUUCCUACUUAAAAAACUUUAUUUCAAAAUGCAUUAUGGAUGAAGUCCAAAUCUCAUCUGUUAGCUGGCCAAACUUAAUGUCAACCAGACAUUAAUGUGAAGAGAGAACCAGAUGAUCUUAACAUUAGUCAAAUUUCUAUUACUCUUUCCAAAACAGCAUUUAUCAGACAGGUUGACCCAAGCUACAGUUUGGAUUUUAGCUAUAACAUAACAAUCAUAUAAAUUACUUUUAGGUCAUCUUGAAUUCCUUUAAAACUUUAGAACAUUUCAAGUUGAAAUUUCAAUGUAUGGAUAACAUAGAAGAUAUUUUAACAAUGGGUCCCCUUUUUGCCACAGUGGUAGUUCUAUGUACCUGGUAACAAAAGCAUUUUGAGAACUUUUUCAACUAAAUGAUUUGGGGGCCAGGUAAUUAAAAUCUAUUAUCUACAAUGGUGUCUAUCAUAUAAGAGCUCUAGCUUUGAAGUAAGGAAACCUGGCUCCAUAUACUAACUCUUAAUAUUUACUAAACAAUAUGCAAAUCACAUUCCCUCUUAGGACCAGUUUCAUCAUCUGCAAAAUAUGGGCAAUAACACCUCACAGGAAAACUGCUUUGCAAGUUAGUGCUGUGCAAAUCUUAAAUAAUAGCCAGUGUUGCCAUAACACCCUAAUGGUUUACAAAUCAUAAGGCUUACAAAUAAUUUACAAGCUGUUAUCCCAUCUCACCAAUGAAGAAGUUGAGACUCGGCAAGGUUAAGCAAUUUAUCUGAGAGCACAUGGUACUGUAUCAAUGGAAUUAACAAUUAGUAACAUUAUUAUUACACAAGUGCACAAAAUGAUUGUAUUUGUGGAAGUCACUAUACACAGUGACAUGGUUUAAAAUGUAGUUAUGUUCUAUAUAAAAGAUGAACUCUUCAGUUUGACAUGAAGUUGCAGAUGGUUUCUGCAGCUCUGUGCAAAGGAAGAACUUGACCUCGUCACUGAAUUUAGCAGAGGAUAUUGCACAUAAUCUCAUAUGCAUUCAGAACCUGAGCCUUCCAGAACAGAACCACAAGUGAUUCAAUCUAGGAAGUCCAGGUGAUGAUAGCUCAGAAGUAUUUGCUGUGUACUGUGACUAGCCAAGGACCAGUUACAUGGGAUAGGCAUCCAUCCCUAAAAAGCUACAUAACUAAGGAGUAUCAUCAAGAAAGCUCAUUCAUUUAUUCAUUUACUCAAUAUUCUGCAAGCAUUAAGUACCUACUGCAUGCCAUUUAGAGUUUCCUUUGAAUCUUGGACUUCUUUGGAAAACAGUUCCCUCUUGCUUUCUCCCAUUUCCAAAUAUAAUUCACCAGAAGUUUGACCACCAGAUGAUGAAUUUCAUUGAUCACAAAGUGUGGAGCGGUUGCAGUCUGUCUUACUGAAGGGAACAUUCACACCAAUGAAAUCACAUAUGCUCCAAGUGUUGCAGUAUGACUCAGAGCAGGUUCCAUUCCAGCUUAACUCCCAUGCUAAUCUGUAAUAAAUGUGAGUUUCAUGUAAAAUGUACUAUCUCCUCCAUGUGAAAAUGGAGGUGCUUUGGCCAUCUGCUUUUUACCAUUUGGGAUUUUGUCCUUGUACCUGGCUACCUCCCUUUGCAAUAUCAUGCUCAAGCUGUUCUUUUGUUUGUCCUGAGAGUUUGCUGAAUAAAAAUCCAUGCUCUUGCUUACCUGCGGUUUUCUGUUUGCUACAUUCUUUCCAUCAGACCCAUGGACUUUUGCCUUGUUGCGCCAGAUCGGAAGCAUCUAAUUACUAUUUUGUGGCCUGGGUUUUGUCACCUCUCAUGGAUUAUCUAUGUACUGUGCUGAGCCUUCUGUCCUUGCUGUUAGUAGGAGAAUGACACAAAGUACCCAUGUAUAGCCAAUUGAUUGUGACGUGCUUGUGGUCUUUGCUUGCUCAAAAAAAAUACACACACCAUUUUUUUUUUAAUGAUAAAUAAAUGCUAAAGACAAAUACCA